UGACAGCGCCACCUGUCGUACCCCGCACGACAUUCAGUGCAGUGAACCUGCCAGACGAGACUUGAGAAAACUUUAUCAUUCCUCCAAAACUAGAGGUUCAGACUCUCACGGCCAAUUUGGAAUGACAGAAAAAAAAAUCAUACAAAUUAAAAUUAAAAAAUAAAUUAUCUUCAAGGAUAGGUGGAUCAUGAAGGAGGUUGAAUCGGGCACCCCUCCCAUGGAACUGAGGGACUUGAAAGCCACAGUGGCCAAGAAAAAGGGCGUUGUUCACGAGCGAGAACAGUGGGGUAAUGCCAUCGACUUUCUGUUGGCGUGCAUCGGCUUCUCGGUGGGGCUCGGCAACGUGUGGAGAUUCCCCUACCUGUGUUACAAGAAUGGCGGCGGUGCUUUCCUUAUUCCGUAUUUCAUCUGCGUUAUUGUGGGAGGGAUUCCAAUCUUCUUUCUGGAGGUGUCCAUCGGGCAGUUCAUGGGGGUAGGAGGGGUGCGAGCAUGGAGUAUCGUACCGCUGUUCAGAGGUAUUGGCAUAGCCACUUGCAUCAUCGUGUUUCUGCUCAACUGCUACUACAACGUCAUUCUGUGCUGGGCGUUCUACUACAUGUUCUCGUCGUUCGCGUCGGAGCUGCCGUGGGCGAAGUGCGGCCACGUGUGGAACACGGACAACUGCUCCGAGACGUUUGUACGGAACUACACGAACGCCACGUACACGGACCCGAACCAGCCGUCCAACAUGAAGUACCUUGUCGACCCCGUUACAGAAUACUGGGAACGUAAGGUGUUGGGUAUCUCGGACGGCAUUGACAAUGUUGGAACCAUCAAGUGGGAUCUGGCGCUGUGUCUGCUCUUCGCCUGGAUCGUCGUCUACUUCUGUAUCUGCAAGGGCGUCAAGUCGUCUGGAAAGGUGAUGUACGUCACAGCGACGUCACCUUACAUCUUCAUGACGUGCCUGCUCAUCAGAAACUCGCUGCUAGAUGGCGCUGUCGACGGUGUCAUUUUCUACCUCAAGCCCGACGUCAACAAGCUCAUGGAUAUAGAGGUGUGGGUUGAUGCCGGGACGCAGGUCUUCUUCUCCUACUCCAUAUCGAUCGGCGCCCUCACCGCCCUCGGCUCCUAUAACAAGUUCAAGCAUAACUCGUACAGAGAUUCGAUUCUGUUCGCACUCACAAACAGUGGAACCAGUUUCUUCGCCGGUUUCAUAGUGUUCACUAUCCUGGGCCACAUGGCGAAAACUCAGGGUCGUGAUAUUUCUGAAGUCGCGGCGUCGGGUCCUGGCUUGGCGUUCAUUGCUUAUCCGAAAGCCGUGUCCUUGAUGCCCGGAUCGUCCGUGUGGUCGGUGAUCUUCUUCCUCAUGGUCAUUCUUCUCGGGCUGGACAGUCAGUUCGUGGGCGUUGAAGGCGUGAUCACGACCGUCGUGGACCAGUGGCCGAACUUCCUCAGACGAGGCUACAGGAAGGAGAUUUUCAUCGGCUGUGUCUGCAUCUUGAACUUCUUCAUCGGACUGGCCAUGGUCACCAAUGGCGGAAUGUAUGUGUUCCAGCUAUUUGACUAUUAUUCCGGUAGCCGUAUUAUUCUGCUGGUGGCCUUCUUCCAACUGAUCGCUAUCGCGUGGGUGUACGGAGUGAGACGUUUCUAUGACAACCUUGAAAUGAUGUUCGGCUGGAGAAUAAAUCCCUACAUGGGUGUCUGCUGGGUGGUCUGUUCGCCUGUGUUCUGCAUUAUCAUUUUCAUCUUGAGUGCACUGAAUUACUCGGAACUGACGUACAGUCGAACGACGGCGCCGAAAUAUAUCUACCCAGACUGGGCCGUCGGCAUCGGCUGGCUCAUGGCCGUCAUCUCCAUCGUGUGGGUCCCCAUCUUGGCCAUAGCACAGCUAAUCAAAUACGGAUUUUCUAUGAGGGUAUUAAGGCUUUUGCUCAAGCCGUAUGGAUUGAAACCGCAUCAAAUGAGACCGCAGGACUACGGGGAGGAAACUCUUGAAGAUUUGGAGCGUGAACGAGCAGGAUUACCUCCCCGGAAUCGCGAAUAUAUUCCAUACGACAACACCGCGUUUGAACCAGAAAAGAUACCUGGAAUGCCUGACCCACAUUUUACUCAACUUUAAAAAAUCUGCUACGUAAUUAGUGAUGAAUGCCAGUGGUCUUCCAAAGUUUUCAGUCCUAAUUUAUAUCAAAAUUAUUCAUUUAUAAAUAGUGUUGUGUUAGUACAGUAAUAUUUAUUACUGUAUAGUUAUCUAAAUUGAUGUUUUGGACCGCUCAUAGUUGCUUCCAGCAGACUAGACCGAGUAGUCUGACCGUAAGAGAGGUAGGCGGACAUUUGGACAGUUAUAUACGCUCUCAUUGCCCUUCCCCCUUUAUCGCACACGGGCCUGCAACAAGACUUACAAGAGAAACAGUCACCGGUUUUUAGCACAAAGAUGCUAUACUUUGUGUGUGGACCCGGACAUUCCUUUCUUUUAUCGACGUUCUGGUAAAUGCAUAAGUUGACGCUGUAAAUUUGUUGCACAAAUAUCAUGACACCAAAUCGUAGUUAGAACUUCAUUUUGUCAAAUACUUUUCAUAAAAUAACUUAAGUGUUGCCCUAAUUUGAAAUAUUGUCACAAUAAUUUAUAUAAGCAGAGUGAAUUAUAAUUUAAUUUUUUAAAUAUUUAUUUAGGUGUUUUUUUUCGUUUUCUUAGUUUCUUUUGGUGGCGGCAAGUAAGCAUGAAAAGAAAUUAAAAUGAAAGUGGCAUGUCAUGAAAUGCAAUAUAUCCCUAAUUUUGUUUUUAUAAUGGGUUGUCAUUACAAAGAAUAGGGAUUAAAAAAAGUUUGAAAUGAAAUUGCAGAGACCCUAGAAAUUCAAACUAAAGGGGUCACUUUCAAAUGUGUCGAUUUUGGACCUUAUGAUUUGGAGUGUUACCUCUUCAUAUCCUUUUUGGGGUCGAGUUUUAUUUCGUUUUGUUUUUAUUUUAUUUUAUUUUAUUUAUAAUUUUUUUAACAUCAGUUUUAUUCUAUUUUAUUUUAUUGAGUUCUAUUCUCAUUUAUAGUUUAGUAUGUUAGCGGUCAGUAAUUAGUUUAGGUUUUUUUAAAUAACCAGUUUACAUUUUAUAAAUGACACCCGCAAAUACUCAUGGAAUGGUAAUACACGUGCAUAUCAUGUCUGUAGUUAGCAUCAGUUUAAAAUACAUGUAAAUAUAAUUGCUAUAUUUCUACAUUUGUAAUCACAUGUUUUGAUACUGUGUGAAUGAGAAUACAUCUUUAACAAAGUGGAGGCCGACAUCAUGUAGUUGUAAAAUCGAUAUAAUUUACACAUUUUUAUCACAAAUAUGUGUUCAUCAGUCCUCUACUUGUUUUAGUUUCAUAUUUUUUCUAUUAAAUACUUUGAAAUCCACGAAUCGUUAAUACGUAACGUACAGAAAUUGUUUUUUUGAUAUAAAAUAUUUUGAAUAAUGUCUAUCUGAAUGUUAUAUGUGCAUGUUACAUUCUCACGUGUAUUUUUUAUUCGUUGUCAUUUGAACGUUGCGCAGUUAUCAUAUUAUAGUGGUGUAUGCUUGGUAUACGUAAUAACCAGAUAUACUAAUAUAUAUAAUGUUUUAUAUUUUACACAAAAUAAAGUCUAAUUCAGACAUG